AUGAUGCAAAUGACUCAUUCACCAUUCUUCUUCACACUUUUCAUCUUACUCUUCCAUUUUCCACAUUCAUCAUCCUUUUCCAUGUCAGUGGAGAAUCAUGAAGAAAACGCUAUAGUCUCUCCCAAAGGCAUAUUCACAGCAGGCUUUUAUCCUGUAGGGGAGAAUGCUUAUUCCUUUGCCAUAUGGUUCACUCAAAAACAUAAAAACCUCAACAACAAUGCCACCAUUGUUUGGAUGGCAAAUCGUGACCAACCGGUUAACGGUAAACAUUCAACACUUUCCCUUCUCAAAACAGGCAACCUUGUAUUAACAGAUGCAGGACAGUUCAGUGUUUGGUCCACAAACACUAACUCGUCCAAACAACUCGAGUUGUUUUUGUACGAUACGGGAAAUCUCGUUCUCAGAGAACAUAACAUCAAUGGUUUUAUUUUGUGGCAAAGCUUUGAUUUUCCAACAGAUACCCUCCUUCCAGAUCAAACUUUCACAGGGUACAUGAACCUUGUUUCUUCCAAAAGUGGCACCAACUAUUCCUCUGGCUCAUACAAGCUUUUUUUCGAUAACAACAAUCUUCUCCGUCUUCUCUAUGACAGCCCUCGAGGCUCAAGCGUUUAUUGGCCAGAUACAUUGCUUCUAGGUUGGCAAGCUUCUAGAUCCACGUACAAUAGUAGCAGGGUAGCAACAUUGAAUCGUUUGGGAAACUUCAGUUCUUCAGAUUAUUUCAAUUUCAAAACAACUGAUUAUGGAACAGUGCUGCAACGAAGGGUGACCCUUGAUUUUGAUGGAAAUGUUCGUGUUUAUAGCAGAAAACAUGGGCAAGAGCAGUGGUCCGUAUCAGGACAAUUCCUCCAACAACCUUGUCAAAUAGACGGGAUUUGUGGACCUAAUAGCACUUGCAGUUAUGAUCCAAGAACCGGUAGAAAAUGUUCGUGUCUUCCCGGCUAUAACAUCGUCAAUAACCACGACUGGUCUCAAGGGUGCAAACCGAGCUUUCAAUUUUCAUGCAACAAGAAGACAAAAUAUUGCUUUGAAUUCUUACCUCAUGUUGAAUUUUACAACUACGACUAUGGAUUCCAUAAAAAUUUCACCUACAAACAAUGUAAGCAUUUGUGCUUACGAUUGUGCGAAUGCAUAGCCUUCCAAUUUCGUUAUGUGAAGAGCAAGGGUUUAUAUAAUUGUUACCCAAAGAUGCAGUUACUAAACGGUCAUCGUUCGACAAAGUUUAGAGGUUCACUUUACUUGCGAUUACCAAAACACAACAUUGUUUUUCCUGGUGAAUAUGAUAACUUGGUUUGUUCGAGAAAUAAGGGAGUUAAACACCUGGGAAGAUCAUACAUUAGUGAAAAAGAAAAUGGAUCACUGAAGUUCAUGCUUUGGUUUGCAAGUGGCUUGGGUGGAAUUGAGAUCUUAUGCUUCUUUCUUGUAGGGUGUAUCUUAUUUAAGAAUAGCAAGAAAUCUAGAGUUGAUAACCAUGGGUAUGUUCUAGCUGCAGCAACAGGGUUUAGGAAAUUCAGUUAUUCAGAAUUGAAACAAGCUACAAAAGGUUUUAGUCAAGAGAUUGGAAAGGGUGCAGGAGGAACUGUGUAUAAAGGUGUUUUAUCUGAUAGUCGAGUUGCUGCGAUAAAGCGUCUGCAUGAAGCAAAUAGCGGAGAGAGUGAGAGUGAGUUUCUUGCUGAAGUUAGCAUCAUUGGAAGGCUUAAUCACAUGAAUGUGAUUGGAAUGUGGGGUUAUUGUGCAGAGGGAAAGCAUAGGUUGUUGGUUUAUGAGUACAUGGAAAAGGGUAGUUUAGCUCAUAAUCUCUCAUCAAAUGAACUUGAUUGGGAUAAAAGGUAUGACAUAGCUAUGGGAACUGCAAAGGGUCUUGCUUAUUUACAUGAAGAAUAUUUGGAGUGGAUUUUGCAUUGUGAUAUAAAGCCACAAAACAUUCUUAUUGACUCUGAUUACCAACCUAAGGUAGCAGAUUUUGGUUUGUCUAAGCUAUUGAAUAGAGAUGACCUUGAUAAUUCAAAUUUCUCAAGGAUAAGAGGGACAAGAGGUUACAUGGCACCGGAAUGGGUUUUCAACUUGCAGAUCACUUCUAAGGUGGAUGUUUAUAGCUAUGGAGUUGUGGUGUUGGAGAUGAUUACUGGAAAGAGUCCAACAACUGGUAUACAGAUCAAGGAAGAGUUGAUUAAUGAGAGGUUGGUGACAUGGGUCAGGGAGAAAAGGAGAAAUGGAUUAGAUGUUGGUUGUUGGGUAGAACAAAUUGUUGAUCCUAAAUUAGGAUCAAAUUAUGAUGUUAAGAAAAUGGAGACUUUGGCAAAUGUUGCUUUGGAUUGUGUAGGAGAAGAUAAAGAUGUUAGACCCACCAUGAGUCAAGUUGUUGAGAGACUUCUAAGUCAUGAGCAUAAUUAUUGA